AUGCACAUCACGAAGAAGCUGGCGUCGGCCCAUGCCAAGGGCACCGCCACUUAUUCCUUUGAAUACUUCCCGCCCAAGACGGCACAAGGUGUACAGAACCUGUAUGAUCGUAUGGAUCAGAUGCACGGUCUGGGUCCUGCGUUCAUUGACAUCACCUGGGGUGCCGGUGGGCGCCACUCGUCACUCACUUGCGAAAUGGUCAAGGUCGCUCAAUCCGUAUACGGACUGGAGACGUGUAUGCACCUCACCUGUACCGACAUGGAACUCAGCAAGGUCGACGAUGCGUUGAAGGAGGCCUACCACUCCGGCUGCACCAACAUUCUGGCAUUGAGAGGUGAUCCUCCAAGAGAGCAGSAAAAAUGGGUGGAGACCCAAGGCGGAUUCCGCUAUGCCAGGGAUUUGAUCAAAUACAUCAGAAAGACCUACGGUAAUCACUUUGAUAUCGGCAUUGCUGGCUAUCCCGAAGGACCAGAUGAGACCACUACCGCCGACGAACACAUUGUCUACUUGAAGGAAAAGGUCGAUGCUGGCGGCACCUUUAUCGUCGCCCAGAUGUGCUACGAUGCGGAGCUGUUCAUCCAAUGGGUCAAGGACUGCCGUGCUGCCGGAAUUCCCGAGUCUGUUCCCAUCAUCCCUGGAAUCAUGCCCAUUUCAACACACGCAGCGUUCCUUCGACGCGCCAAUUGGUCUGGCGCACGCAUCCCGCCAGCAUGKAAUGAGGCCUUGGAUCCAAUCAAGAACGAUGACAGUGCAGUGAGGGAAGUUGGUCGAGACCUCAUGGUAGAGUUUUGCCAAAAGCUGCUGGCGGCCGGAAUCAUGCAUCUGCACUUUUACACCAUGAACUUGGCAGGUGCGGUGCGAAUGGUACUCGAAAGGCUCGACUUGACGCCCUCUGCGGAGAGCCCCGAUCCCGAGAUCAAGCCUUUGCCGUGGCGUCAAUCUCUUGGACUUAACCGACGAGACGAGAACGUGCGGCCCAUCUUCUGGCGAAACCGCAACCGCGCGUACGUUGCUCGAACCCAGGACUGGGAUGAAUUCCCCAAUGGACGCUGGGGUGACAGUCGAUCGCCUGCAUUUGGUGGACUUGAUGAAUACGGUGUUGGUUUGAAGGGUACCAACGAAAGCAACCGCAAGCUGUGGGGAGAGCCGAAGAACGUGAAUGACAUUUCCAAACUCUUCGUCAAGUACAUGACUGGCAAGGUCGAGACCUUGCCAUGGUCAGAGGCACCCAUUAAUGAAGAAGCCAAUGUCCUGGUGAAAGACCUGACAGACUUGAACAACCGGGGUCUACUUACUAUCAACUCCCAGCCAGCAGUUGAUGGUGCCAAGUCUUCACACCCCGUUUACGGUUGGGGUCCAAGGAACGGAUACGUGUACCAGAAGCAAUAUCUCGAAGUUCUGGUCUGCCCGGAGCUCUUCCCAACGGUAAUCCAGCGCAUGGAGGCAGACCCAGACAUCACCUACUACGCCGUCAACAACAGCGGAGAUUUGAAGAGCAAUGCUCCGACUGACGGCGGGCCCAAUGCCGUGACCUGGGGCGUAUUCCCAGGUAAGGAGAUCGUACAGCCUACCAUAGUCGWGACUGUAUCCUUCCUGGCUUGGAGAGAUGAAUUCWAUCACCUCGGUCUGGAAUGGAGCAAGUGCUACGAUGAAGGCAGCGAAAGCCGUGCUCUCAUCACGGAGAUUACCAAGAGCUGGUACUUGGUCAACAUCGUGCACAACGACUUCCGCAACCAGAGUGGCAUCUUCCCCAUCUUCGAAGGCUUGACCGUCCCAGGUGUCGAUGCCACACCAAUCACCAAUGGUCACACCAAUGGCCACACCAACGGUCACACCGAGGCCGGAGCAAAGGAAAAUGGCGGACCCAAGCCUGAGACGAAUGGCGUCCCCGAUGGCAAUAAUGUCGUUAAUGGUGCCGAUAAAGUAGCGGCAUCAACUUGA